AUGGCCUGUGAUCAAGGUUCUGCUGCGCUUCUGAGGGAGCCAGGCCACUCGGGUGUGCGACAGGAAGACCCCACGGAAGCAGAUGGUUCCCCAGGGCCAGCCCAACCCACAAAACCCGUGGCUUACGUGAAACCCAUGAGUAUCCAGACCCGGGCGUACGCACGCACAGCUCCUCCUGCAGGAAGAGGCCAGAGAGGCAGAGGCCACCCUGCAGGAAGAGGCAGCCUCAGCAGGGCAGGCCCUCCAGAGGGAGCAGGUCGGCACAGGCAGCUGAACCACACCGAGGAGCCACGCCACCCCGUCAGACCAGCAAGCAGCCUGGCCCCACUCUUCACUGUUCCUGAAGCUACAGCGCAGGGAGACCACAGCCUCCACCCCGCCCAGGAGCACAGGCCUGCCCUGGAGCAGCCGGCGCCACAGGUCUAUCUGUGCAUAGGUUUCAGCCCCUUAGCUGGCUCAACCUUGCGUAUCAGGCAGACCGCCUCCGGCACCCACGUGUUCGGACUUCCGGUGUUCUUUACCAAUGUCUUCCACUGACCUGGCUCCUGCCAUAGCCUUCCUUUCUCUUCCCUGGCUCUUGCUAACCAAAUCCAAAACCCAUUGCUGCCCUGCCCCUCUGGCCCCUCCUCUAAGUUGUUCUGUCCUAGGGAGUCCCCACUCCCUCCUCCCAGAUCCCAACCCAGCCGUCCUCUGCUCCCCACGCCCUGUCCUGCCUGUGCUUUAUUAAAGAUGCAUGUGUGCUGAGAACUCCGUGCCUGUGAACGUGAAGUCAACAGUGUCCCCUUGUGCGGCCGGACGUCUUAGAAUAGGGGACACAACGAAACAGAGAAGGUGCACGCGAGGAAAUAAGUCACAGGGCAUUCAGAAGACUUUUUCCAGAGUAUAAUUAAUACCCUCAGAGUACUCACAUACAAAGCCAGCUAGACACACUUGGGGCAAGGGGCAGGACUGUCGGAACACGAAAUUUGUAGUUAGAUAGGACUCAGGAGCCAAUCAGCAGCAGAGGGAGCCUGCUGGAACAAGGCAGAGUGCAGGUGUGACUGCUGAGCCCACCCCAAUUACCUCCCACAGUGGGCCACAGAAGAACCUCCACCAUGAAGAGUGGAUCAUUUGGGUCAGAGCAGUAACACUGCCUCAUCAUUUCUCCCAAUGGAAGAGAGACACGACUCCUGGGCAGGGGAUGGGAACACACUGGGGUGUCUGGAAUAUGACUAGAAAAAUCGAAAAGCUGCUUGAGAGAUGCAAAGCAGAAUCAGGCUAGUGGUGCGUGGUGGCGUCAGUAAGUAUGGGAAAGCAACAGGGCAGCCUCUUCAAAGCUU